CGGGCACCGGCGUCCGUCAGUCGCCUGUUGCUAGGCCUGCAAAGCAGCGGCGAGGUUGAGACUUGGCCGCGUCGCCUUUGGGGCGACGGUGCUACGUCCCACCUUUCAUUUUUUGUUGUUCCUACCCUUUUUCAUUCCUUCCGUUUCUCCUUUUCGACUUUGGUUUUUCUUCUUUCUCGGGUGGCGCCGACUGACGUCCGUUUCCAAAUCUGAGCGGCACCUCAAAAAAAAGUUUUCUUUCGCGUGCUCUGUGCAAAGUGAGAAUGCUAAAACAGUUCGACCCGUGGUGAAGACUGCUGUCUGUGCCAUACAUCGGUGCCGCAUCGUCUGCUACGCGCGUCGUCUGCUUCCAAGGAGGUUGUUUCGACGGAAGCGUAAAAAAGAAGACGGUGCAAGUCGUCGCAUGCGAAGACACCGGGAAAAGGUUUUCUCCCGAACUGGUGACGUAACCAAAAGUGGUGUGACCUGAGUGCCCCGUGGAGAGCGUGGCUUCUGUGAGUGUUUUUUUGGCGUUCCUGUUCGGGAGCGACCACGUGAUCGGCCUUGUUUUCAAUGUCGCAGUAGAUACAUAGGUGGACGCUACGCGACUGUUUUGUGUGCGUGCGUAUGUUGGUGGCAUUUUCUGCUCCGUGCAGCGAAGAAGAAAAACCAACGAAUAGGAGAACGGCGGGUACGACGGCGCAGAUUCUCGUUCUGAUUAAAGUGGUGUGCGACAAGAAGUACACACAUACAAAUAGUGCGAGUUCAGGUGGUGUGCGGAUUACAGUGCUGGCGGGAUUUCGCUACGAGUCUCAUCCGGAGGAGGUGUCAGAAAUACGUCGGCUGGGACAUUUCGCAGCAGCACAGCUGACAGGGCCACGCUACGUCUGGACCACGUGACCUGGCAUCUGCAGGGUCUCACAUUCAACAAAAGAGAAGGAGCACCGUGAUAUCCACGAUGUCGUCAAUCACAGCUGGUUGCCGUGCAUGCAUUUCCACGACGCGUGAGGAAGCGUGACGUCAGCGGGAAUUUGUCCCAAGAGGAUCCGAGCGGGUGGCGAAGAGCCACAUCGUCCUGUGGCAUCUGUCGGCGUAUCAGCGAACCACGAGAAAGCAGAGGGCGAGGAAGAAGCGGAGAGCAGUGGCCGACACCGGGUGGGCCGAGCCGUGGGUUGCCCAGAGGGCGUCUUCCUGUUUGUCCUGGACGCUGCGAUGCUCUUGGGGUUCUGUGGCCAGGCUCGCUGAUGGCCCGUUCGCAUGGCGGGCUUCACGAAGCACCUCAGCACGCACGUCUACUUCCACAUGGACAGGACGGGUGCGUCAUCCUCCUCGUCGGCCCCAGCGAGCAGCAGCAUGACCGGCAAGAAGCCCUCGGGCAGCCCGCGACUGCACGGCACCGACUCGGCGGCGCCCUCCUCGCGACGUUCACGAGACACCGCCACCAGGACGCGAACAAGCAGGAGCGAGGCCACCGAACCGUGCAUCAUGCCCUCUUCCGUGGCUCCGUCUCGAUACGACCCGACGAGCGCGGACUGGGACGAGUUCGACUACUUCUGCCAGAGCCCGUACCUGCUGUCGGUGAGCGAGCCCCCUCCGGCCAGGGAGCGCUUCAAGCGGCGCCUGUUCCGCCGCUCGCAGAAGUACUCCGACCCGCCGUCAACGGUGCCCGGAUCGCAGAGGCACCUCGACCAGACGCCGGCACAGAUCAGCGCCGAGAGACUACGGUGCAGCAGUCGCAGCACGGAGACCAUGCUGGACUGGCAGCCGACCGGGUCGGUGACCAGGCGCCAGGGUUCGAGCCGGCGCUCGCCCGCCGCGCCCGCAUCGUCCGGCACGGUGGUGCCGGGCUCGCAGCGGUCCCUGCUCAGCGACCCCGACGAAGACGAGUUCGGGGCCGCCGACGAGCCCUCGUCACCGCCGCUGCCACCGCCGCUCCCAAGGGCACCGCCGCCCUACGAGCGACAGCAGCAGCAGCAGCAGCAGAUGCCAGACUGCGUCAUCGUCUCCUCGAGGACCAUGGACCGUUUCCUGCCUUCCUUCGGACAGGACGUGUGCGAGAGCGGCCAGUUCGGGGGGUCGGCGGGCAGCGGCGGCACAACGUCUCCUCGGCUGUCGUCUUCCGUGGGCUCGGUGUCCGUGGAGGUGGCCGAGUCGACGAACCGCAUCGUGGUGGACUUCUGCGAGAACGCGGGCUUCACGUGCCACGACCUGCCGUCGCCCACCACGGAGCUGUCGCCCAUGCCCCGCGACUGGAUCGCCAUGCAGCUCGGCAGGCAGCGGCAGGCCUUCGCCUGGCUUCAGCAGUCCUCCUCCUCGCGAUGUGUGCUCGAGGGACUGCUGCUCAUGAACGUCGAGAGAAACAGUCAAUUCCCGUUCGUUACCUACCUGGUGUGCGACGCGGCCCGGUGCGACCCCCUGCGGCUAAUUAUGCAAAUGGAGAGCCAUCACGAUGCUGGUCCCGAGGGAGAACGGCUACACCAUACGGCCGUUUACGACGAAGUGGCCACCAUCGCCAGGCCUCCCGUGGACGGGGUGCCGCGGAAGCCGACUUCGAGCAAGACCGGUUACAUCCUCUCCGCCUUCCGGGUCUUUCCCGGGGAAGACCGCGAGAAGCUCGACCGGUCGUGGCUGCUGUGGACCGGGGCGCGCCAGAUCUACCGGCGCUUGCCCCCUCACCUCGGCCUGCGUCGCAUCACCUUCCACAAGAAGAUCUGCCCGCAGGACCACGGCAUCACGUACGUGCUUCUCUGCGAGUGCCCGACGCUCAUGGACUACGUGCCCGAGGCGUGCGUGCUUGUGGACCAGCUGCGGGCGCGGUGCUGCGGUUACACGGCACUGUACAGGGUGGUCGACUCCUUCUGAAGGACUCCGCUGACUUCUACGGUGACACGAGUUUCAAGAAGACCCACCCUGAUUGGGUGGGUUAAAGUGGCUCGGCCACUUCUGGCAGUGCCUGUGCGAAAGCUGAGUGUGCUGAAUGAACUUGCAUUCGUCGCCUUCUGCGCGGGAGCUCCGUGGAUCAUCGGACUGGAAGGGCAAUGGUCAUCAUGCCUGGAUAAUGUAAAGCGUGGGAAGGGACCUGGGAUGGAGGGGAUACAGGGAUGGAAGCAAAACACUGACAAUGCAGACUCAGAAGCUAUGCUUGGAUAGACAGACGGACUCAUUUGCUAACUCCAGCAGGUGCAGCUACGGGUGCCUUUCAGGAAUAUUUCUUGACGAAAAAAAAAGCUGUUUCUGUGUGAAUUGGGCCCACGUCCGUGGCUAUAAAUUCUCGGAAUUUUCUAACCUUCCGAUGGAUUUUCCAGAUCUGGGAGAGGAUAUGGAGAAUGAGUAUACUGUGGUUGCCCAGAAGGUGGAAAACGAUUAUUCGAAGGGACAAAUUUUCGUUCACCUUUUGUAGCAUGGAAUAAAGAGUAAAUCCAUAGGUCUUUUUAGAAAAAAAUAUCUCCCAAAUCAAAACACCGUCGCGACUGAGAACAUUGCAAGGAUGAAAGAUGAAGUAAGCCGCGGUAUGACUGGAUAAUUCAUCAAUGUUAUCGCAUGUAGGGCUGGCGCUCUUGCUGCGGAUGUAAACUGAGGACGUGGUUAGUAAAUUGUAUAAAUGCGAAGCGCGACAGCAAUGUUGCCUUACCAACGGGUAUGCGCCAAGCAGAAGUGCCUCGCAGGUGGCUGUUGGGUCUGCAUACAUUGUGCACGUUGGAGUGAUGACGAAUGCGAUCCCGGCGUAUUCAUGAGGUACUACCAGUCCCAGUUAAAGCCUGUGGAACAUGAUACUCCGACAAACACGCGAGCUUGGCCACUGUUCGGCAGUUCCAGAAGGCGCUGCGAUAACAUCAUAAAAGUCUGGCGUUCUACUGCGAUUCUAUCAGAAUGCUCCCGAGAAGGGGUAAAAUGACUUGAUGUUCCGCGGUGCAGGCGUUUAGAGGGCGUGGCCAUGAGCAUUUACACUAAAUAAGGGAAAGCAUACACUGCGCCUAAACGCACAAGGUGUUAUCGCAGUUACUCCUUUAAAGCACCUGUCUUCGAUUAAAAAAAACGGCACCGGUGAAGUGUCAUGGACGUGGUCCUCUCGGCUGUGUUUUGACACAUUUUCUAGAUGCCUGCUUUUUCUAGCGAUCGAAGCGCAAAAAAAAAAACGGUUCACGGGAUCAGUGCCAACACAUGAACUGCGCUGCGCGUUCAUCCUGUUAUGAAUCUCGUGCUUGUGCAAAUCUUGUGCAAACGCUGUGUAAGUUUGAACCAAGGCUGUAGCAGCCACAGCGUGGGUGCCUUCUGUAUGUCGCCUCAAUGUAACGGGCCGUAAUAUGUGUUAAAAAAGUGUGCACUGCAUGCCUUCCCCGUAGUGAUAGGUUCAACCACCGUAGCUUUCAAAUUGCGUUUUAUUUUAUUUGCGUAUGUUUUGUUUUCUUCGCGAACGGACCCUGUUGCGAUUAUAGUGCAACACUUUCAUUUUUGAGUGGUAAACGACUGCUCUCAAUGACUUUGAAGAUGGUUUAGUCGAGAAGGCCUUGGAAGAGUAGGCUAUGUGUUGAACAAAAGUGGACUUUCGUACAGCAUAUCUGCCUGGAAAACACUGGUCUAAAUUUUGCUGUUAGGCGGCGUGUAAUAGUAGUUUUAAGGCGCGAUCAUUUUCGCAAGAUUACUAUUACGGUACGCCACUUCAGCUGAUCGAUUUGUAAUCACUGAUAACUAGUGAACCGCCAUUCAUUGUGACAUAUACGAAGAAUGUUCAUUCGGUCGCUGCGAAAUUUCUCAGCGUUGAAAUGUGCAAGCUUAGAUUUGAAACAUCUUCAAUUACGAAACUUGUGCUCACUCAUGCCCCAAAGGUCAUUCAAAUAGCUAAAUGACCCGUAAAAUACCUUUUAAAAACACAUUUUCAUACCAGGUGUUUAUCAACAACCUUGACUGUAUCCGUUUCUCUAAUGGUACAAGCGUGCGAACGUUUGCAUUAAAAAAUGUGUAAAAAUUGCAAAAUAACUGCUUUAUAGCGCAAUACAUGUUCCAUGUCUACCACACUAUAACUUGUGCUGGGCCGUCCUAACAUCUUCUGUAGCAGUGUGCUUCUGGACAACUCUAGCGCUUCUGUGAUUUAGGACCUGCUCUAUAGAACACUGACUAUGGUAGCAAAGAGGCACUGUAUACGCACAACGUAUACGAGCAUCACAUGUGUGAUAUGUCGCAAAAGUUCGCGCCUAAAGCUUGAAAACAUGAUUGCCAGAGGUCCCAGAUACGUCAUUGUUGCCACAAAGUGUGAGCAUGGUUGAUGUUUGUAUCUUCGCCCGAGGUAGAGGGGUCUCUGUGGUUUUUGCGGCAGCAACGACAAACCUCGACCUACUGAAACACAAUUUUUGUUCAUUGCGGCAUCCUAUGCAUGGGUCGCUUCCAAAAUCUGGUGAAUAUCUAAAAACCUCGUGUUGAAUUCCUCGAGCAAUUUGUUUUUGGUCUUUACACUCAGCUUGUUCGUUUAUCGUCGUUUCGGCAAGCACUAAAGAGGGUACGAACAAUAAAUGUGAUCUUGAAAUUAAUAUGCUGCCUUGUCUUGCCAUGGUCCGAGUCGCACUAGAAGCCGGCCGGGUACUUGCGAGGGGACAGAGUGCAGAUAUGUUGCCGCUAAACCCACGGCAACUUCUUGCUGUUCACUGCGCGGACUUAUGGAACAAACCUCCCACGGGCUUACAGUCACUUUGCCGAGCCUAAUAAGAAUUCGCCCCAGUAAGAAUAACAAUAAUCGCUUGACACCAAAGAACAAACAUUCUUGAGCAGCUAGCUGUGGUAAGUCGAUUUGUAGCAGCAGGAUUUAAAAGUUUCAGUUUUAUAAUGUGUUAAAAUUCAAACGCCUUUAUACCUAACGUUAUUCUCCUCUGUGCUCUUGGAGGAUAACUUAUGAUAAUUCAACUGCGCUUUCGUUUGUAAGUUUGCAGGUUUCGACAAAGAUUGAGUUAACUUGCUACAUGGUGCGCACAGGCGGGCGUAAUUAGAAAAUCAGGAUGCCUACAUAGUUUUAUUAGUUUUUGAUUAGCCCAGAAAAAUAGAUAGAGUUUAAAAUGGUGCACACUAUGAAACAGUCUGCGAUGAUAGCGCCGUGUAACCCUGGCGAUCUGAGGAAUAACAAAACUGCACGAGGAAACUUGAUGCAGAAAACAAAAAUGAAUAAGGAACGAUAAAAAAAUAAUGAACCUAGCAAGCACAAUUUCCCCCUGAUAUUAAUGUCAAGAAACUGCUUCUUUAGGAGAAAGGUAUUCAACGUUCUUAUAGAAAAGCUAUCAAAAACUUUACCCUGCUAAAAAAGAAAGAAUUGUCGCAGUUCGCAAAUGAUAGUUUGCAUACAAAUGUUGAUAUAUUUUUUAGAAAAUACUUUUCCACGAGUUGAACAUAGGUAUGUUCAUACGUAAUACUUUGAGUGCUCACUAACAUAGUCUGUAUCAACUCUGCUUCGACUGACACCCCAUACUAAUUACGGCACGACGAGGUUAUCUUGCAUAGAGAACUUGUGCGUUCGGUCGUCAUCGCCAAUGGAAAAAAAAUGCAGGCAUACUAAGCUACCUUAGGUUCCGCUUAAUCUUAGAUAAGGCCAGCCUGUAUUGCGGGCGAUUUUGCGCAGUGUGAACCGAGGAACAGUAUAGGCGUGUGAACUUACACGAGGCUAUGGAAUGUGCUUCGAGAACUAUUCGUUGUAUAUGAUAGACCUUUCUAUAUGUCGCGUUUUUUUUUUUUUUUUGCGUUGUAGGAUAUAUGCGUAGAAUAUCACUGUUUCAGACGCAUCGUUGUUCGCUGUUCUAAAUCAGUGCUUGGCUUUCCCCGAAGCUUCAUCUAAGAAAGUAGGCGGCACCAUAAAGUACACGCUCUCAAGAAACAGAAGCCCGUAGAGCCUCUGCACGAGACUUGGGCAUCUGCGCAUCGUAACGUAGCGGCACCUUGCACGUGGAACCCUUCGCUUCGCUUAGCAGGCUUCCCUUAAUCUUCUUGCCGUUUGUCAACCGUUAUUCGGCACCCUCCGGCAGAGCUGUGUAUUUUACGUACGCCAAUAUCUUGAUUAUUAUGUAAUACGCGGUACUCUGAUUUGAAUAAGCGAGUGAUUGCUACAAAUGAAUGAAUUGUAAAGAAGGCAGAAUCCAGACGAGCUUGGUGUAUUGAAAUGCUCAGGAGUCAUCCAACCUGGCAUGAAACUGGAGCCAAGGUUUCGAAGCUGCACAUUUCUUCAUCACGACGCAGACUAGGUCCUGUAUGUCAAUUCCAGCGUCAAUACUUUUUGGUGAUUAUAUGGUUCGAAAUGUACCCCAGGAUUCUGGCUCAGCAAAUCUCACUUGGGUUCCACUGUGUUAAAAGAUUUGCAAUUGAAACCGCCAUCUCGUGCCGCGUUUCUUUGUGUGAGAUCGUACUAAAUACUGCUUUAAUUAGGCAAUUUUACAAAUUCUAGCAAAAUAAAGUCUAAGUUCAAAUAAUCAACUUGAAUGCUUCAGGUUUAGAAAAUAUAUUUCAGCUCUGCCAAGUACAUAAGCCCUAGUUCGCUCUAUGCGCCACACAUGUGCACGUGCUGUAGGUUGGAUCACAUCUAACUACACGACAGGCUUGGACACUGCAUCUGUUGCUAGCAGCUCUUCGUCGCAAUGUCGCAUAUCUGUCUCUGAGGAUUUACCUUUCACCCCAUCGUAGGAGCCUGUACAUUGCAAUGUUUAGGUACCAGAACCUGUUUCUUUAUUUGUGGUGAACAAAAACGUGAGUGAUGUUGACUUUAUGACAGCUUAUUAAAGGCGCCUCGUGACCCAAGCGGUGUGAGCGAUAUUGUGCUAUCGGACACUGCAAGGCUUUCGCGAUGUUGACACUUGGGUAUUGCAACCCGUCGCCUUUUUUGUGUGAAUAUUUGAUAACCGCAAGCUGGUAGUGUCAUGCUCUACGAAGGACCACUGUAAACACAAUGACUAAUAAGAACAUAGAAAGAAAUGCGAAGAAUGGCAAUGCACGUUACUGCAUUUACAUGUUCACGAUGUUUUGCACUAUGCAACGAAACCUAAUCUUAACUACGAAGCGUCACAGAGUCUCGUAGAAAUUGUACGGUGGAUGUUGGUGUAAAGAUGGUGACGUCUGACUUGUGGAUGGGCAAACGGAAUGGCUCUUGUUUGAAAGACCAUUCGCUGACUGUUCUAGCACACUUUAGAAAUGCACAAGUUCGCAGUGUAUGCUAAUGAUAGGGCCAUGAAUUAUUAUUCUAACGAACGCAUGAAGUCGAGCGGAGAGCUUUUGAUGUGCUUUUUUUUUCUAUACCGAUCCGAGACCUGUUAGGUUUACAUUCGUAGAUUCUGAAUUGUGCAGUUAUUUCAAUUUAUCGACAGGCACAGAAACAGGAAUAAAUAUCAACCAUCAAACUUUUCUUCUCCAAUAUAUACCAUUUAUCAACCGCUUCUGUAUGUUGAUCUAGUCAUAACUACGCGAGGUAGACACAAGAACGCAUACGCCGCUGCCAUAUUUCGAUGUGACUUUUAAAUUGUUGUGGUGACUUGUGUUGCAUAACCCCUUGGGGUUAAGCUGGUGGCCGUUGUGUAAUUUUGCCCAAAUAAAAACAGCAAAGAGUAAAUACCUUAAGGGCAUACAUUUUAAUUAAAGACGCCAUGUUUUAUUUUUGGUUUUGUUUUUUGUAUUCUAAUAAGCUUCACUUUUGCGCAACCACUACAUCUAUGCGCGCAUUAUAGCCUAUUGUGCAUAUAGAGAUGCACAUAUAUAUCUUGUGAGGAUGUGUUUCACUUAGUGACGAUGUGUGAAAAGGCAUUGAAGUACCAAUUCUAACAGUCUCCCUAAAAGUGAAGUCACUCUUUAACAGUCUACUAUACUCUAUAGCUGCGCUGACUAAAUUUGUAAUUAGUACGCCAUGUUUGAGUUAAAGUCAGAAAGGUUCAAGUCAACGGUCUGCGAUGUUCAGAAAGAGAGACGUUGAGAAUAUGCAUAAGGCAUGGUAUGUGUAUCUCGGAAAUGUUUAGGAAUGUGUAACAUACGAAGAACUUUUGUUUUAUUUUACGAACCUUCUGAGCUUAUUCGCCAACCGCUUGUGAAUACGCUAACAAUUGUAUGCCACAGUGCGCUGUGUGAACGGUACGUGAUGUCUUAGUAGUUUGGUUUCAGACGCACAUUGAGAAAACGUGCGGUAGAAUGAGGACGAAGCUUUUUUUUUUUUUUGUCUAGUACCUUGCACUCCUUGUUCCCGCGUGUCACGUGACAUUAUGUUCCAGACGGCAACGCAUCCUCUUACACUCAGGGAAGACAUCUGCGAAGCUUAUAGCAACGGCCACGAGGUUGCAAACAUCUUUUUCCUACAUACAUUGCACGGACAUUUUGUAAUGCAAAUGCUACAGACGUGCGCGCAUCACCAUAUUACCUGUGUGUGCUGUUCCAGGUGUAAUGGAGACAGUCUUACAUCUUUGCAAUGUCGUUUUAUUCUGCAAACAGUGUACCACUUCAAAUAACUCGUGCUUUCCGGCGUACGUGUGAUCCAUGCUGCGGUAAAUAUACAUCUUUGGGCAAUGUUUUUGGAAAAAUUGGUGUAUGCGUAGGAAAUUUCAACUCACAACCUGCGCCUAAAAAUAUUGUAUACCUGGCCUGUGAAUUGCUCAAGAAAGCAAUCGAAUAUAUAUAAACAUCAAAUUAUUCAAUUAAUGAACUACAUUUGAUAAAGUUUUAAUGAGUUACGUUACGGCAUAUUUUCAAACUUACGGUUUUAAGACAGUGAAUUAACCACAAACUUGGAAUGAAUUUUAAACAAACUAGUAGCUGUUUUCAGGAAGUCGCCUUCAGGACUUCGCUCCACUGACCUUUCCAAACUACAUUUUCAUUAGUCGAAGGUGGAACUUAACUGAAUCUAACUAAGGCCCUUCAUCGAACAACAUACACCUCAAAGCAAAUUUUGAGGGGUUAUCUUCAGUAAGCUUGCCAAACGACAAUUCGUAAUUCACAGUGCGUACCGUACACUAUAAAUCGGUUAUCAGUUGUCCAGAAAAUUUACGGAAAGGCCUAAGACGCACUUGCUUGCAAAGAAUGACCGCCUUUCUGAUUAAUCGAGCUAAGCCAGUAAUAUACCACCGGUUGUCCCGGACCAUUCGUAGAAAAUUCUGUUCCCAAUUUUAAGAAACAAUAAGGCAGUGUAUAUCAUGGUGUCUGUAGGUUUUUUUUUUGUGAAUGUGCCAUCGAGGUAUGUGGAAAAAAAAAACAAGGACGAAUGCAAAUCAACGCAUAUACCAGCAUCGGAACAUCAAUGUGCAUUGUGCAUUGUGCAAACAGCAGUAUAAAUGGCCUUCACCGCGUAAUAUAGAAACGAAACUGCUACAUGCUACUGACAACCAUCAGCUGUCUAUCGCGUGAAACGAAGCAAGCGGUGUCACGCUUGAAUCUGUGAGCUUUAUUUGUUUUUGUCUAAUUGUUCUUCGCCCCACAACUAGCAUAUCAGUUUAUGGGUAACACAAAACAAAAAUCGUUGUCAACGAAGAUUUUUCAUUCGGAAUACUUUUUAACGCUUACCACGUUCCAGCGUUAAACUGUCUCUUACUUCUUGGGAACAAUGGUUGUGUCUUGAGGAAUACCUUGCCUUUCCUAAAAUGGCAUUCGUGAUGUUUCAUUCUUCAUAGGCACUCGCAUCGUUCAGAUGCUCCAAUCUACGACAACUGAAAGAAUUCUCGUUAGCAAUUUAUUUGUUCCCAGGAAUGCCUCAUAGACGCGCUGAUUGCCUCGCAUGUUUGGGAGUGCAAAUGUCUGUCAAGAUUUGCUGACAACUGGAGGGUGACAUGCUCUUUUCUAUGCCUUGCUUCCACCCAAUAUUGAAAGGUGAAAAAACAACAACAACACAGACAAAACUUGUAAUAAAUGUUUGAAACAAAUGUAAAGUCGUAAUGCAGCUUUUUUUCUAGAGCCUGCUGUUGAUGUUUGCUGGUGUAUCAUGGCGCCGCUCGUUUCGCUUGCUUUAUUCUUGAUGCCUUGCGAGUGUUUUGCUGUAGACUUGAGCUAUUAAAGCCGUCGUGGUAACGUAUUUGCAUUUUCAAA